UCCUGUCUGCAAAUUCUUCCGGGAGAAACACAAACUAAUCAAACUAGAAGGACGAAAUAUGACAACACACUGAGUAACCUCAGUUGUAAAGCAGACACAGACCAGUUUAGCUUUAAUUAUUGGUAGUGUUACCCUUUUUAUUUUUAUUUUUACCCUUUGAAUUGACUCCCCUCUCCAUGCUGCUGUGCCGGGUGUCGCCAGUGUACCAGAUGCUGGCUAGAUGGGGACGGAGGUCACAGCAGGGAGGCCUUCUUCUCAGCCGCGCGGUGUCCUGCACCUCCAGCCGCUUAAGGGCUGCCAGUUCCGGGGAAGGUAACGCUCAGCCCGCGGACCCAGCCUCCACCCAGGCUCUGUACCGGGACACCGUACUCCUCCCUCAGACCGAGUUCCCCAUGAAACUAGCCGGACAGAAGUUGGUGGAGCGGGAGCUUCAGAUCCAGCAGGAAUGUGGUUUUGCAGACUUGUAUUCAUGGCAAAGAGAAAGGAAAAGCAAAAAAGAGUUCUGCCUUCAUGACGGACCCCCUUAUGCAAAUGGAGACCCUCACGUUGGACACGCGCUUAACAAAAUCCUCAAAGACAUCCGUAACCGUUUUGAGGUGUUAAGAGGACGUCAGGUCCACUACAUCCCAGGCUGGGACUGCCACGGCCUCCCUAUAGAGCUGAAAGCUUUGGGAGAACUAGGAACCAGCGGCCUCAGUCCUCUGGAGAUACGACAGAAAGCUCGGGAGUUUGCUGAAGGGGCGAUAGCUCGGCAGAAGGCUGCCUUCCAACGCUGGGGCGUCAUGGCCAACUGGGAGCAGUGCUACUACACCUUCGAUGGGGCUUACGAGGCUGCUCAGUUAAAGCUCUUCCAGGAAAUGCAUAACAAGGGUCUGGUAUAUCAGGACUAUAAACCCGUCUUCUGGUCUCCUUCAUCCAGGACGGCUCUGGCUGAGGCCGAGCUGGAGUACAACCCUGAGCAUGUGAGCAGAGCCAUCUACGCCACCUUCCCUCUGGCCACGCUGCCGCCCAAGAUCGCCUCAGAAGAUGGUUUGGAGAAUGUUUCGGUGUUGAUUUGGACCACCCAGCCUUGGACCAUCCCUGCAAACCAGGCAGUGUGCUACAUGCCCAACGCCCAGUACUCUGUGGUGAAGAGGGCAGACACUUCCCAGCUGCUGCUGCUGGCAGCUGAACGCACGGCGAGCCUCGCAGCGCUGCUCGGCACAGAGCUGCAGACUGUAGCCACCUUCACAGGUUUGCAGCUGGAAGGUGGCACCUGCAAACACCCCACCAUUCCUGAUAAGCAAAUUCCGUUGUUGCCAGCCAACCAUGUGACCAUGGGGAAAGGGACAGGAUUGGUCCACACUGCACCAGCUCAUGGGAUGGAUGACUACAGCGUGGCGUCACAGUUUGAUCUGCCUGUGGAGUGUAUGGUGGAUGAAGACGGCAAGUUCACCGAGCUUGCAGGACCUGAGCUGCAGAACCUGUCUGUGAUCACUGAAGGAACUCAGAGAGUGAUUUCCAUGCUGCAAGAGAGUGGCGCUUUGGUUCUGGAGGAGCAGUGUGUCCACAGCUACCCGUAUGACUGGCGGACAAAGCAGCCGGUGGUCAUCAGACCCAGUAAACAGUGGUUUAUCAACACUGCAUCACUGAAGCACAAGGCAAAGGAGGCGCUGCAGAAAGUGCGUGUUUUACCAGAGUCGGCAAGAGGAAGCCUGCUGGCCAUGCUGGACAGACGGACGUACUGGUGCAUCUCCAGGCAGCGGAGCUGGGGGGUCCCCAUCCCAGUGUUCUAUCACAAAGAGACCGGGGAGCCUCUCAUAAACACGUACACUGUGUCCCACAUAGCAAAACUCUUUAAAGAAAAAGGCAGCGACUGUUGGUGGGAGCUUCCCAUCGAGGCUCUGCUGCCCCCAGAGGUUCUCAAGAAGAGUAAAGCAGGACCUGUGAGCGACUAUGUUCGAGGAGAUGAUGUUCUGGACAUCUGGUUUGACAGCGGAGCGUCAUGGGCGGCUGUCCUGGAAGACAUGGAGGAGGAACCCAAGGAGCCCGAAUCCCGUCUCAGCUGGCUUCCUGGCUCACUUCGCAAACCUCUAGUCCCAGAGUCUGACCCCAGAGCAGAUGUAUAUGUGGAGGGAAAGGACCAGCUUGGAGGCUGGUUCCAGUCUUCCCUGCUCACCAGUGUGGCCGUUAGGAACAAAGCCCCCUUUAAAUCUCUGGUGGUCCAUGGCUUUGCAAUCAGUGAGAAAGGAGAGAAGAUGUCCAAGUCUCUGGGGAAUGUUGUGGAUCCUGAUGAGGUCAUUAAUGGAACAAAGGACGGCAGCUUAGCAGCAUACGGGGCAGAUGUGCUUCGCUGGUGGGUCGCUGAAUCAAACGUCUUCUCUGAAGUCCAAAUUGGUCCAAGCGUCCUUAACUCGGCCCGAGACAGCAUCAGUAAGUUGAGAAACACUCUCAGGUUUCUGCUGGGAAACCUGCAGAGCUUCGACCCACAUCAGCAUGCUGUGGACCCCAAAGAGAUGUACUAUAUUGAUCAGUACAUGCUGCAUAUGCUCAGGGAAUACAGUAUGAAGGUUACAGACGCCUACAGUGAGUUUGAUGCUGGCAGAGUCAUCCGUAUCCUUCAGGCCUUCAUCACCAGAGAACUGUCCAGCUUUUAUUUCAGCAUCAUAAAGGACAGGCUGUACUGCAGUCCAGAGGACUCGUUGGGCAGGAGAUCAUGUCAGACCGCUUUGGAGGAAAUUCUGGAUGGAGUGACUCGAUCUGUUGCUCCCAUCCUGCCACAUUUAGCAGAGGAGGUCUAUCUGCAUGCCCCAGGACAUGAUGAAGCCGAUACGUUAUUCAAAAGCGGGUGGAUCAAAAGCAGCUCUGUGUGGAGGCGGCCAGGGUUGGAGGAGGCAGUGGAAGGAGCCUGUGCCAUUCGUGACUCCUUUUUGUCUUCAAUUCCUGGUAAAAAUGCUGGCCAGUAUGAUCUGACGAUCGCCAUUGAAGCAGGACUUCUUUUUGAGCUCAUGGAGUCUCUCCAAGAAGAGCCCAGCUCCACCAGCUCCCAGCUGGCUGAGCUGAUGAUGGCAGCACGAGUCAACCUGAUCAGCGAGCUUCCCCGUGACCUCCCUCCAGGUGCCCUGCUGAGUCAGGGUACCUUCCUCAUCAAUCUAGAAGGGGGUGUAAUCCGUGAGGAAAGUCCCUACAGCAUCGCCGUGACGCCCACUUCUGCCGCUCGCUGUCCACGCUGCCGGCGCUACACCUCGGAGUCCACGGACUGUCUUUGCCCGCGCUGCCAGACUGUCGUUUCACAUGCCGGCUGACGUGUUACCAGGACAACCAACACACUUCGUUAUCCAGAAGUGGCUUUACGCUCCCAGUGGAAAAUGUAAAAGUGAUGUCACUCCAGCUAGUAAGGAAAGCGCUCAAAACCAGUAAAAGGUUUAUAUUAAUACACAAUCACUGCAGAUGUAAAAUAAUAUAAAGUCUCAAGUUGUUGCUCUUCUGCUUUCCCACAUUUCCUCAUUGAACUCAAAACAGAAGUGCUGAACUCUACUGUAAAUAGUUGGGAGGUUUAAAAAGAUGUGAUUUGACUGUUGAAGGGAAGCUCUUGUUUAAAUGUGUCACUAUGUGGCUUUAGUUUGAAGAGAAGAAGGUAUGGGCGACUUCCUGUACAAAUCUACAAUUGUAUAAUAAAAUUAGUUGCUUUGAUAGAAACUGCAAA